UACAUGGUUUUUUCUACUAGUUCUUCCUUUCCCUCCUUGAAACAUCUAUCCCCUAGAAGAAAAAGAAUAAGGCAAGGGCCAUGGCCACUCAAAGCAAGAUCCUGAUCAUUGGAGCAACUGGGUAUAUUGGAAAAUACAUGUUGAAGGCAAGCCUCUCGAUGGGACAUCCUACAUAUGUUUAUUCACGCCCCACUUCCGACCCUUCCAAGCUAGAGUUAUUGCAGGAACUCGAGUCCAUGGGAGUGAAGGUUUUUCAGGGCGAAUUGCAUGAGCACGAUAAGCUUGUGUCUGUAAUUCAACAAGUAGACGUGGUGAUCUCUACGCUCCCAGUUCCUCAAUACCUUGAGCAACUCAAAAUCAUCGAUGCCAUCAAAGAUGCUGGGACCAUUAAGAGGUUCAUUCCAUCGGAGUAUGGCAACGAAGUCGAUAGGGUUUCUGCACUACCUCCCUUCCAGGCAGUUCUUGAUAUGAAGAAAAGGAUCAGAAGGGCCACCGAAGCUGCGGGAAUCCCACAUACUUUUGUUUCUGGAAAUUCCUUCGCCGCAUACUUCGUAGAUUACUUCUUGCAUCCACAUGAGGAAGGAGAUGAAGUUUUGGUCUAUGGAAGUGGUGAAGCAAAAGCGGUGCUGAAUUUUGAGAAAGAUGUGGCCACUUACACUAUCAUGGCUGCGAACGAUCCAAGGACAUGCAAUCGUUUGAUCAUCUAUAGGCCCCCAGGAAACAUCAUCUCUAUGCUAGAUUUGAUCUCUUCAUGGGAGAAGAAGACUGGAAGAACUUUUAAGAAGACUUACAUCCCUGAGGAAGAAGCGGUGAAGCUCAGUGAGACUUUACCGCAUCCUCACAACAUUCCAGUGGCCAUCCUUCACAGCAUUUUCAUCAAGGGCGAUCAGAUGAGCUUUGAGCUGGAAGAAAACGACUUGGAAGCUUCCAACUUAUAUUCAGAAUAUAAAUACACUUCCAUUGAUCAAUACCUUAAUCUUUGCGCCGUGGAUCCACCCAAAACUCAGCGUGCUGCAUUUGCAUGACCUCGCUCUUCAAUAUCAUAUGAUCUGAGCCUGAUGAUAUGUAUACUAUCUUCUAUUUUGUAGUCUUUAUAAGUGAACCACAUGGUUAAGUGAUGUAUGAUUCUGGUCAGAUGGGCUCUAUCAAUCAGUUGACAAUAUGGUUUUCGCUACAAGCUCAACUUAUCUAUGUAAAAGAUUAAAAAUAAAAUAAAAUGUCCGGCCUUUAUCUC